AGAGCCAGGACGCCACCAUAAAGUGCCAGGGACACACAGCACAAGCCUCGGGCCAGCAGCCACACGUGGGCCAUGCGAAUAUCAUGAAAGAAUAAUGCUGGGUAUGGUGAAACUCAUCAAAUACCGUGAAAUCUGAGUCUGCAGUGCUAUUAAAAACAUCCAGCACGGGCGCAGUGGCUCACGCCUGUAAUCCCAGCACUUUGGGAGGCUGAGGCGGGUGGAUCACCUGAAGUCAGGAGUUCAUGACCAGCCUGACCAACAUGGUGAAACCCUGUCUCUAAAAAAAAAAUCCAAACACGGUGGCUCACCCCUGGAGUGAGUCCCAGCACUUUGGGAGGCUGAGGAAGGAGAAUCACUUGAGUCCAGGAGUUCAACACCAGCCUGGGCAACAUGGCAGAACCCCUCUUCAAAAGAUUUUAAAAAUUAGCUAGGUGUGUUAGCAUGGAGAGGCUGGUCGGCAGGAGGCUGGCAUGUAAGCCUGGGAGCAAGCAAAGACUGCACCCAGCUGGAAAUUUUCAAAUAUCAACAAAAAUAAAGCCAGGCUCAGUAGCUCACGCCUGUAAUCCCAGCAAUUUGGGAGGCCGAGGCUCGUGGAUCACCUGAGGUCAGGAGUUCGAGGCCAGCCUGGCUAAUAUGAUGAAACCUCAUCUCUACUGAAAAUACAGAAGUUAACCAGCCAUGGUGGCAUGCCCACAGUCCCAGUUACUCAGGAGGCUGAGGCAGGGGAAUCGCUUGAACCCGGGAGGUGGUUGCAGUGAGCUGAGAUCGUGCCACUGCACUCCAGCCUGGCUGACAAGAGAAAGCAGCCGGUGCGGUGCAGCCCCGAGGACAACCCCAGCCAGCCCAGCCGGGGGGAAGGCGCCCCCCAGGAGCAGAGUCAGUGUGCGCAUCCUCCUGGCUGACAAGGAGGGUGGGCCGCCGGCAGUGGACGAGGUGCUGGAUGAGGCCAUGCCUGAGUAUCGGGCGCCAGGGAGGAAGAGCCUCUUGGAGAUACAGCGGCUGGAUCCGGAAGACAGGAGCCUGGCCCAGUAUAAGCGGGCACUGCUGGGGCCCCUGCCGCCGGCUGUGGACCCAAGCCUGCCCAACGUGCAGGUGACCAGGCUGACCCUCCUGUCGGAGCAGGCUCCGGGGCCCGUGGUCAUGGACCUCACAGACCUCGUGGGCACCACUCCCCAUGUGGGGGCUCCUGGAGCAGGUGUCGCCUGUGGAGAAGUUGUGACCCUAGCUGCCAUUUCCCGAAUAGGGGACCUGGCUGCCCUGAAAGACCAGGUGUUUGUCCUGAAAGAAGGUGUUGAUUACAGAGUGAAGAUCACCUUUAAGGUCCACAGGGAGAUCGUCAGCGGCCUCAAGUGUCUGCACCACACCUACCGCCGGGGCCUGCGCGUGGACAAGACCGUCUACAUGGUGGGCAGCUAUGGCCCGAGUGCCCAGGAGUAUGAGUUUGUGACUCCGGUGGAGGAAGCGCCGAGGGGUGCACUGGUGCGGGGCCCCUAUCUGGUCCUGUCACUCUUCACGGACGAUGACAGGACACGCCACCUGUCCUGGGAGUGGGGCCUCCACGUCUGCCAGGACUGGAAGGACUGAACCCCCCCAGUCCGUGUCUCCCCACCUUGCUCAGUUGCUGCACAGGGACCCCCAAGCAUCCCCAGUAUCCCCAUGAGUGACCAGACCCUCCCCUGCCCACCCCUGCUCUGUCCCAGGAUCCCCUGGGCUGGCACUGUCCCCCGACUGUCCCAUUAAAUGUAGUCCUGCCUCGGUG